CCGGCCCCGGCCUGUGCCUCUGCCCCGCUGCCCGUCUCUCCCGAGCCUGGCGGGCCGGUGUUUGCGAAGCCGCCGCGGGGCAGAGCGGCAGCGGCCCCCGCAGUAAACCCUCAGUGACAGCGGCCGCACCGGAGCAGUUCCCGGUGCUGAGGAGUUUCACGCCUGACAGGUCCCACGAGGCUGAAAAAUAUUUCGUUAUGAGCAGUGUCAGACACGGGCGGGUCUCGCCGCUCGGUGCGCGGGGUAAAUAAACCGAGGGGCUGCCUCGCUGCUCCGCUCUGCUCCGCCCUCCGCGCUUGCAGCUCCCGGGGUGUUCGGCCUCCCUGGCAGCGCUGCUUGCAUCCACUGAACGUGACUUCAGUUCCUGGCUGUGAACACCUUGAGCGCCUCUGUUACCAGAACAGAGCGAUUUCUCUGAUACGCCAUGUCCAAAUAGUUUUAAUUAUUAACCCUAGAAUAGGUGAUGUUUCUGUUCUGAAGCAAUUAAGUGCCCAUGAGAGGAGCACAGCUUUCACCAUUUUGAAGUGUGGAAUGAGCCUUGAUGCAAACAGCCCUUGUAACAGUGGACGUAACUCUCCGUGUGUCCCUGGUCAUGCAGAGGUGUAUUAGUGGUCGUGCAUUCAAAGGUGCUUCACUGCUCAGGGCCUAAGCUUUCAGGGUUUUUUUUUUUGGACUGGUUGGUUGGUUGUAGGGCCAUCAGUGCUUUCAGAUAGUUCUACAAGACAUUGCCAGCAUAAGUGUUUUAAAAUGCCAGCUAUGUGUAUUUUUAGAAGUCAUGAUCCUGCACGUACUUGACCUGGCUUGGCUAGGCUGCGGGUCUCUAAGUUGGAUCACGCUUGCAGGCUUUCUGCUUGCCGGGAUAAUCCCAAAUUCCUGCCACUGGCAGUAUGAUAAGCCAUGUUUCUGUCCGUCAGCCUGGCACUACAGAGACUGCAUCUGCACGUGCUGUUUAAAAACAGAAAUGAAACAAAACCCUGACAUGCAAGCCCACUCUUUGGUUGGUUAACGCCACAAAGACCUAAUCACAUCUUCUCACCUCAAAUGUCUGGUACCUCAGAAGCAGGACACAAAGAAUUUCUUUACUUUGUGAGCACCCUUAUCUGAGCAGCACCAGAAUAUCUGCUGGGGAACUGGAAAACAAUUUCCUGUAUAGUUUCUUAUCUGUAAUACAGGGCAGUCUAGGGAGCUGAAGCAGUCCCAGGCCAUCAGAGGCAAGGUCUGUGGCUCCGUUUAGAGUUGUGUGUCAGCAGGUUUGGAUUGCUGAUUGGGUAAUUCCGGUAACCUUUGGUAUGACUGUGCAGCAGAUCACAGCUGCCCUUCUUGGAAGUGCAGCAGGAAAGUCUUCAGGUGUGGCGGCUGCCAUGUACUUCCUGCUGGGUCUGUGAGAGGACUACCAAGCCUGAAUAUUCUGACCUAAAGCCAGAAUCAUCCUUAUCUUUUGUGUGCAUGUGCCAGAGCCACAUUAGUCCUCUUGUCUCCCUUGGAUGACACAGUCAGCAGCAUUAACUCAACACUGGAUUUUCUUGCUGUGAUUAGUGAGAGGUGAGGCCCACAACACUCUCAGCAACUGUGAACUGGGCAAAAUUUGUGGCUUCCAUGAGCAGUUAGCUCAGCAGUCAGCAGGGACAGAACCAUGAGCAUGCUGUGGUUGGUGUGAAAGUGUGCUGUGCCUGUAAGGCUUCCAUGAUGGCAAUUGCCACCCUGCUGGCGUAUGAGCCCCGUGCCAGUUCAACACUAGAGCUGGCUCAGGUGUGGUGGGCAAACUUCUGUCACUGUCCUUAGAUGCCAGAAUAGAACUCCACUUGCCUGUGUCCAUGUAAGAGCAACAGUCUGAGUUUUUAAUGCCUUAGUUAUGCCUGUAGCUGAAAGUUCUGUCCACCAAGAGUCUGUAGUUGCUUGUUAUAAGUCUAUGGUAAGGGAUCUGCUCUUAAGAAAAACUAGAAGAAGGUUCUGGUUAACCCUCCCCCCACACCUGAAAUCAUGAGCUUUCCUUAUUAACAUCAUGGGCACACCUGUGCUGUCAGUGGCUGUCAGCUUCAGUGAGGCUCUGAGUUUUUACCUGAUGUGAGUAUGUGAGUCAUGGCCUUGAAACAGAGCUACAGAGCAAGGAAGAGGCUUUGUCUCUGGGAUAGGAGGAGGAAUAUGGAGAAGUUGUUGCUUUCUGAGUUCUUGGGGCAAAGGUUUUCCUGCUGCUUAUCUGUUUUUUUUUUUCAGGAGGGAGGGGAGAGUAAGGGAUUGGAGAAAAUAACCCUCCUCCUCCUUUUGCAUGGUGUGCUUCACUUCAUUAAAUCAUCAGCCUUCAAGCUGAUAGUAUACCUGCUAAGGGUUCAUUCUGCACUGAUGUGCUGAGGCAGCAGGACACAGGCAUGAAAAUGGUUCCUGAGUGUGUUUGGAAUGUUACUCUUGUCCUCCCCUGGAGAUAGCAGGGCUGUGUGGAGUGCACAGUAAAUACCUCUGCAGCCUGGCCUGGCAGCACUGUUCCUCCCACUAGCAGCGAGCACUUAUGGUGAGUAUCAGCUCUGACUCAUGCUGACUGAGACGCUUCAGUGCCAGGUGUGUGCUGUGCUUUGAGGAUUUUGUGGCAGCAGCAGCAGCACUGGGCUCGGUGCAUGGGACUGAGAUGGAGGAGAUCAUCCUUGGUGUGGUAUGUACAAAGUCCAGGCUUGCUGUGUCCCCUUGUGUCGUCUCUGUUGGGUCGGUGUCCGCUCCCCCAGUGGAUCCUUACGCAGGAGGAAUGCUUUUGCUACUUUAUAAUAAGGAGAAGCACAGUGAAAGACACCUGCUUGACGCCGGGGGGGAGCUUAGGUCAGCAGUGAACAGCUGCGUCCUUGGCACGUAGAGGUCAGUUGAAUGGUGUGUUCACACUCGGUCUCCUCUGAGGCAGGCAGCGCUGCUCUUGUAGGUGACAGUGGAGGACAUGAUCCUUUCCUGGUGUUUCUGACUCGUAGCAUAUAUUCAGCAGCUGGUCAAAGGAGGUGAUUGUUCCACUCUGCACUGGUCACAGUACUAAGCCUGUCUAAGUUCAAGAAGCCUAUGGACAAUGCUCUCAGGCAUAUGGUGGGGUUCUUGGGAUGUCUGUACAGGGCCAGGAGCUGGACUCAGUCUUGAUGGAUCCCUUCCAACUUGGUGUAUUCUGUGAUUCUAUGCCAGCUUGCAAACCCAGACAUCCUGAUCUGCAACCCAAACUGUUGCUGAUGCUCCCUCUGUGUCCUCUUUCCCUACCAAAGAAUUUUCACUUGUUUUUCCUCCUCCCUACAAACUCCUGUACCUCUCAAACAGUUCUCUCUGUUACUGUAGGUCUUCUUGAGCUGAAAGGAUGAAAAUUGGCAAUUGGAAAAUCACUGUCACUGACCUGAGCUUUAUCCUGAAUUCUGGAGUUCCAGUUGAUGUUGUUGGGCGUAUGAGUCUGCAAGAGUGUCUCCUGUCCGUGAUUUAGGCAGCGGUUGGACAUGCAUCACUAGCGGGAUGGUCGGCCACCAAAGCUGCAAUGUCGUCCCUGACGACCUCCAGUGAGGGAGAUAACUCUGCUCCCAGGUUUGUUGUUGGUUCCAGAGAUGAUGAGACAGAAUUUCUGGGAUCAAACAUGAAGACAGACGAAACGGAUUUUUUUGAAGAUGAUGAAGAGGAGGAGUCGCCUCCAGAACGGCAGAUCGUGGUGGGAAUCUGUGCCAUGACCAAAAAGUCCAAGUCAAAGCCCAUGACACAGAUUCUGGAACGUCUGUGCAAGUUUGAGUACAUCACAGUGGUGAUCAUGGGGGAAGAUGUUAUUCUGAAUGAACCGGUAGAAAACUGGCCCUCUUGUGACUGCCUGAUAUCCUUCCACUCCAAAGGAUUCCCCCUGGAUAAGGCAGUUGCUUAUGCCAAGCUGUGCAAACCUUUUCUGAUCAACGACCUUGAUAUGCAGUAUUACAUCCAGGACAGGCGUGAAGUGUAUCGGAUCCUUCAAGAAGAGGGAAUAGACCUGCCCCGCUAUGCUGUGCUCAAUCGAGAUCCUGACAGACCAGAAGAGUGCAACUUGGUGGAAGGAGAGGACCACGUGGAGGUAAACGGAGCUGUGUUCCCAAAGCCGUUUGUAGAGAAGCCAGUCAGUGCUGAAGACCACAAUGUGUACAUUUACUACCCAACAUCAGCAGGUGGGGGCAGCCAGCGGCUCUUCCGUAAGAUUGGCAGCCGGAGCAGCGUGUACUCCCCAGAGAGCAGCGUGAGGAAGACAGGCUCCUACAUUUAUGAGGAGUUCAUGCCUACGGAUGGCACUGAUGUAAAGGUGUACACUGUUGGGCCGGACUAUGCCCAUGCAGAGGCUCGCAAAUCCCCUGCUUUGGAUGGGAAGGUGGAACGGGACAGUGAAGGGAAGGAAAUUCGCUACCCAGUCAUGCUGACUGCCAUGGAGAAACUCGUUGCCCGUAAAGUCUGCGUAGCCUUUAAGCAAACCGUGUGUGGGUUCGACCUCCUGCGGGCCAACGGCCACUCCUUUGUUUGUGAUGUGAAUGGCUUCAGCUUUGUGAAGAACUCCAUGAAGUAUUAUGAUGACUGUGCCAAAAUCCUUGGAAAUAUAAUCAUGAGGGAGUUGGCUCCCCAGUUUCAUAUCCCCUGGUCCAUCCCAACAGAGGCAGAAGACAUCCCCAUUGUCCCCACUACUUCAGGCACCAUGAUGGAGCUUCGCUGUGUUAUCGCAGUCAUCCGUCAUGGAGAUCGCACCCCGAAGCAGAAGAUGAAGAUGGAAGUAAAACAUCCCCGGUUCUUUGAAUUAUUUGAGAAAUAUGAUGGUUACAAGACAGGGAAGUUGAAGUUGAAGAAACCAGAGCAGCUACAGGAAGUGCUGGACAUUGCACGGCAGCUCGUGGUGGAGCUGGGAACCCACAGUGAUUGUGAAAUCGAGGAGAGGAAAUCCAAACUGGAGCAGCUGAAGAGUGUCUUGGAGAUGUAUGGACAUUUUUCUGGCAUUAACCGUAAGGUUCAGUUGACCUAUCUUCCUCAUGGACAUCCAAAAGCUGCAAGUGAAGAUGAAGCUCGCCGAGAGUCCUCCCCCUCCCUUCUCCUGGUGCUUAAGUGGGGUGGAGAGCUGACCCCAGCAGGAAGAGUCCAGGCUGAGGAGCUGGGGCGGGCCUUUCGCUGCAUGUAUCCUGGAGGCCAAGGUGAUUAUGCUGGUUUCCCUGGCUGUGGCUUGCUCAGGCUGCACAGCACUUAUCGCCACGAUCUCAAGAUCUACGCCUCGGACGAGGGGAGAGUUCAGAUGACAGCAGCAGCUUUUGCAAAGGGUCUGCUGGCCCUGGAAGGAGAGCUGACCCCCAUCCUGGUGCAGAUGGUGAAAAGUGCCAACAUGAAUGGCCUGCUGGACAGUGACAGUGACUCCCUUAGCAGCUGUCAGCACAGAGUGAAGGCGCGACUGCAUGAAAUCAUGCAGAAGGAUGCUGAGUUCUGUGAAGAGGAUUAUGAAAAGCUAGCACCUACAGGCAGUGCUUCUCUGCUCAACUCCAUGACCUUUAUCCAGAACCCAGUUGAGGUCUGUAACCAGGUGUUCACCCUGAUUGAGAAUCUCACCUCCCAGAUACGAAAACGUCUGGAAGACCCAAAAUCUGCAGACCUGCAGCUGUACCACAGUGAGACUUUGGAACUGAUGCUGCAACGCUGGAGUAAGCUGGAGCGAGAUUUCCGCAUGAAGAAUGGGCGCUAUGACAUCAGCAAGAUCCCUGAUAUAUAUGACUGCAUCAAGUAUGAUGUACAGCACAACUGUGCACUGAAACUGGAAGGCACAACGGAGCUCUUCAAGCUCUCCAAAGCCCUGGCAGAUGUGAUCAUACCCCAGGAAUAUGGGAUUAAUAAGGAGGAGAAACUGGAAAUUGCUAUUGGCUUUUGUCUUCCUCUCAUUAAAAAGAUCCAGCUGGACCUACAGAGAACUCAUGAAGAUGAGUCUGUCAACAAACUACAUCCGUUGUACUCAAGAGGAGUCCUGUCGCCGGGCCGCCAUGUUCGAACACGGCUGUACUUCACCAGUGAGAGCCAUGUGCACUCCCUGCUCAGCAUCUUCCGCUACGGGGGGCUUCUGGAUGAGAACAAAGACCAGCAGUGGAAGAGAGCCAUGGACUAUUUGAGUGCUAUCUCAGAGCUGAACUACAUGACCCAGAUUGUUAUCAUGCUCUACGAGGACAACAACAAGGACCCCUCUUCAGAGGAGCGUUUCCACGUGGAGCUGCACUUCAGCCCUGGCGUCAAGGGCUGCGAGGAGGACAGGAACAUACCCACGGGGUUUGGCUUUCGGCCAGCCUCAGCAGAGAACGAAGACAAGAAAGCAGACCAAGGCAGCCUAGAGGACCUGUCGAGUGAGAAGGGCAGUGAUGAGCCAGACCGCGCUCGGCAGAAGUCCCCGCAGCCCUCGGAGCCAGUCAGCAUCCAGAGAAGGUCGCCGCUGGUCAGGAGCCGGAAGACGGGAUCCAUGGAGGUGCUGUCUGAAUCUUCUUCUAAAUCAGGAGGUUAUCGCCUCUUCAGCACUUAUUCCAGGCAGUCUUCUGAGAUGAAGCAAAGUGGAUUAGGGUCACAGUGCACCGGGCUGUUUAGCACCACUGUGCUGGGAGGCUCCUCCAGUGCCCCCAACCUCCAGGACUACGCACGCAGCCAUGGCAAAAAGUUUGCCAGCAGCCUGACAUACAAAGACGAGCUCUUGUCUAUGCCAGCCGUAAAACGAUUUUCUGUGUCGUUUGCAAAGCAUCCGACUAAUGAUGUGUUGGAGCACCAGCACGUUGCCCAGUUGCUACGCCGUUUUUCCUCUGACUGUGCCACGAGCCGGACCAUCUCCUUGGAUGCCACCCUAGCCCAUCACCUGCAGCAGUGCUCCUACCACCUGCGCCUCUUCAGGAGCUGGCUGAUCUCAGGGCAGGAUGACUUGGAGUGUCUUUACGGUUUUGAAGGCUGUUCCAUGGUUCCCACCAUCUAUCCCUUGGAGACCCUGCACAACUCCCUCUCUUUGCGGCAGGUGAACGAGUUCCUGACAGCCGUGUGCAGGAGUUGCAGCGAGUCGCAGGUCCAGUCCACUGCAGCUUUGUUUGAUUCAAUGAUUGGGAGCCAGAUACCAGGAGACCCCUUUAUGUCCCAGCGAAUCCUGUCAUCCUCGUCCCUGCCACUGCGCCAGCGCUCGGAUAAGCCCCCUUGGUACAGCAGUGGCCCCUCCAGUACCGUCUCCAGUGCAGGCCCCUCCUCCCCAACUUCUGUGGACAACUGUGCUCGUUUCAGCUUCACUGAGAAACUUUCCAUCAGCCCCCCAAAAAGCGAGGAGCAGCUGACUAGCCAGUCCCCUGAGCAGGAAGAUAGCCAAGCUCCAGGCAGAGGGCUUGACGUGCCAGAGGGUGUGUCUGGGCUGCCAGUAGCAGAGCCAAGUGCCCCAGAGACCCUGAUCUGGAAUAAGGGCCCAGAGCCAGGCAGGAUUCUGGAGCUGUGCAAGAAGGAGCUGGCAAGGGAGGACGCUAACCCAGAAGAGAAGAGCAUGGGGGAACGGGAUGAAGAAAAAUCAUCUGGGGAAAUGUUAGAGCCAAGUAACAUAGGAAACCCAAAGUGUGGUGAAGGGUUUGACCUGAGGCUGGCUGGGGAGACAGCGAAGCCUGGUGAGGGGUCUGUCAGGGGAAUGACUGGCCUGGAUCAGUCUGGGCAGUCCAAGGAGAUCCUGGUGCCCUGUGAAGAGGAGCUGCUGGUAGAGGUGUUGGACCCAGAGCAUACAGGCAAGGAGCUGCUGGGGGACAGUGCUCUGUCAGACCAGCUUUUCUCUGGUCACCUGUGCCAGGUGCAUCCAGUGCCUCCUGAGAACAAUGUGGAGGAACUGCAGCUGCUGUGUCAGAAGGAUCAGCAAAUUUAGUGGCUUACUGGACAGCACACAGCAAGCACUUCUAAGCCCUGAAAGCAGCCCGACUUCCUGCAUGGCACCUCACGCAGCUGGCGGUCCAUAGCAGAGAAGCCAUGUCCCAGGGCCACAGGACUGUGUGGUGUGGAAGAGACUGCUUUGCUCCUCCACAAGCCAGCUCUUUUCCAUUCAGCAAGAAUGUUUGCCGUUAAAUGAACAACAAUGCAGUCUUGGUACUGGCAAGGCACCUUCAUGGAGCAGGGACAUGGUGCUGCACUGGUGUCCCAAGGGCUUUGUGCUCACUGGGACAGCAGUAUUAGAGGACUGGUACAGCCAAGGCUUUUAGGGUGGUAAGUCCAAAGGGGACAGAUCCUCCCUCAUGACCUUUUGGCCCACAGCCUUCCGAGAAAGGCAUUCUGGGCCCAAAUUAAUCAGAUCCAUCACAACCACCAACCUCCUCUCUGUUUCUUCCUUCUUCCUCUCUCAGUUCCCACUGCUGUCCACCAAAAUCAGGUCCAGAGAGUCCAUGGGGGGAAAACUAGCAGAAGCAGAAAGCAUUCUGAAUGAAUGUGGAAAAGAAAGGUAGUGAGGGUAUCAGGUUUGGCUGCCACUUGCAAGGAAACAUCCCUUUGCCGUGGCCUUGGAUGUUUCCCUGCUGGGCUGGGGCAGGCAGGAGCCUGGGGAUCCAGCCUGAGAGAGGUGUGCAGGGAAGACACACACAGUUGUUUUUUUUCUCGUCCCCAAGGAUCAGGCAGGGUACAGCUCUGAGGUCUUGGUGACAGGGAUUAAAAGAAACUGCUAUUUUGAUAAUUCAGGACUAUUAGAAACCAAUAAGGAGAAAUCUUUAUUAUAUAAAAUGAAAAGUAUUUAAUGGAUAUUUAUGUAAAUGCCUUGUGAGCACAAGCCUGAGGGCAAGAUUGAUACGGGUGUCCCUGCCUGCUGCAUCCUGAGUGCCGGCCGGGGCUGUGCUUCCCACUCCUCCUGUAUUUAUGGACAAGUCUGCGUGUCUGUCUGUAGCUAGGAUCUCUGUUUUUGUGAAGCUGUGCCCAAAGAUCUCUAUGCUGUGUUGUGACAAUGUGUGUUCACAGUAAAUCUAUGCUGUGGGUCCAGUGUCUCACUGUCUCUGAUGCUGACUUGGCAGCAGUGUGUAUGUGCCAAAGCUUGCAGGUGCUUGGAACAGUAAGCCCUGCUCGUGCUCUGUUGUCCUGGAAGAGCAGCUGUAGCUGGAGUCUGACCUGUAGUAAAAGCACAGGCUCCAGGCCGGGAAAAAACCUCCUUUUUUCUUACAUGGGAGAACUGGAAAUACUAGGGAAGCACUCCUGGCUUCCCAGGGGCAUUUGUGGUAGAAUGAAGACACUGGAAUGUUGUGUUCAGCUCCUUUCACCUGGUCCACACCUUGCUGUCACUUCAAGCACAUCCUGGGUGUCAUGUCCUUUUCCUCGUGCCCAGUAAUCCCAAGCUGCCACUUUGGGCAUGUGAAAAAGGUCAUGUUUACUUGCACUGAGAAUGGAGCAGUCAUGCAGUUGCCCAGAGUGCAGCACUGGGUGGGGGCACCCCAGCCCCCCUCCCAGCCUGCUGUGCCUGCCCUGCGUUCUCUCCCUGCAUUACAGAUCUGCACAAACAGAGACCUUGGCCAUGGGGUUGCAGCCAACCCUCGCGCCUGCGCUGGCAGAGCGACCACAGGUGACUGAGCAGCAUCCAUGAGCUCUCCCUUUGGGCACUGCUCCCUUGCACAGACAGUGGCCUGGGGCACCUGCUGCCACCAGCACUGCUCUGGCAGCCACGUCUCCUGCCAGGACCUGUGUGUUUCUGCCCGGGGACAGUGCCAGGGCAGGCUGGUUGCCACCAUGGAGCCAGCAGCACCUGCUGCAGGGAUCAUUGCUGAGAGGGGCAUGGAGCAGGGCCCGGGGGGUGCAGGUGUGGCUCUCGGGUGCUGACCCCUACAGAGCCUGAUGCUUGUCACUGCACACCUUUGGCAAAUGCACUGUAGUCACAGGACCUUGGUUAGCUGGAGUAUGACCAGAGACAGUGCUCAUUUACCUGAAAAGUAGAUGUGUGUGGAAAUAGCACCUGGUUUAUGGUAACACUUCAUGGUUCCUCCCAUCAGCACCAGGCUUGGCAGCUGUCCUGAGGUCUCCACCAGGGCCUGCACAAGCUGUGGUGUGUUCUGGGGAAUGAUGGCCUCUCUCCUGAGGACUGUAGCACAGAACCUGCUUUCUUUUUUCCUGGCAUCCACUUGUGCCAUUGUUUCCUUCUGAGGACAGGCAGGCAGGAACAGAACUAACUGGGCAUCAGUCUCUCCUGUGUUCUAGCACAGGCAGAGCAGCAGCUGUCCCAGUUUGAUGAUAAGGAGCUGAAAGAGCAUUCCCUUGUUGGAGGUCAGAUCCAAGUUCUGCAGAGGUGCAAAAGCCCAACUGCUGCAGUGGGGUGAGGCAUGGAAUGCCUGGCAUGCCCGCGCCCAGAGCCCAUGCCAGCAGCUGUGCUGCCUGCCACGGGGCUAGAGAGCCUUGCAGCUCUAAGGGUGCCAGCAGCGUUGGGCAGAGCUGCCGUUCCCCACAAGUGCAGGGACAGGCGGAGGGCUGCAAUGGACUGCAUGAUUCUGGAACUGUGAGGGGUGACGGUGUUGCAUGGCAGACAGGCCACGCCAGGCUCCUCACUGGAUUAUCAGGAGCUGCUUUCCCCCCUACAGCCCUUAGCCAGCUGUCCAGGUGUUCCCCAGGAGGAACUCUAGUACCCUGCUAAGGCCGGGGGGCUGUCCCAGGUGGGCUCUGUGGCCUUUUGUGCAUGUCCCUUUC